CAUGCACCACGCACAACCGCCUCAGAUCUCAGCAGUGCUGUCUCUGAGUAAGGGAUAACAGUGGACGAUAAGGGCUGAGAAGUUACCAACAGUCCUAACCAGACCCCUCUGAACAUGACGAUGGUGUGACAACAGCAUGAGUGAUCACAUGAGUGUCCUACAGAGUAUGAGUUCUAACAGCUCCUACCAGGCCUCCAACCACAGUGGACCAUCUUCUUCACUGGAGUCCCUCCUCAUCCUGCCGUUAGCACUCAUCAUCUUCCUCACUGUGAGCGGGAACCUGCUGGUGAUCCUGUCUGUGUCGCUCACGCCCCAGCUCCACACCACUACCGGCGUGUUCAUCACGUCCCUGGCCUGCGCUGACCUCAUCGUGGGCUGUGUGGUCCAGCCCCUUGCCCUCCUGUUGCUGCUGCAGAGCGAGUGGACUCUGGGCAGGACGGCCUGCGACCUGUGGAUGUCUGUGGACGUGCUGUGCGUGACCGCCAGCAUCCACACGAUGUGCGCCAUCGCCGUGGACCGCUACGUGGCCAUCACCAGGCCCCUGCGGCGCCGCGCUCUGCUGGGGAAGCAGCGAGCACGGCUGGUGGUGGGCGCCGUGUGGGUCUGCAGCGCCCUGGUGUCUUUCGUGCCAAUCAUGGGUCAGUACACAGUGCGUACAGGCUCCAAAGAGGCCGAGGAGUGUUCUGGAAACUCCACCUGCUGCGACUUCAUCAUCACGCCAUCGUACGCUAUCUUCUCCUCCGUAGUCUCCUUCUACAUGCCGCUGCUGUUGAUGCUGCUGCUGUACAGUCGUGUGUUCGUCAUCGCCAGGCGGCAGGUGAGGCUCAUCAACAAAGACAACCUGCGCUUCCUGAGGGAUCAGACCCAGCAGCGCCAUGCGCCGCCCGCCCCCCCAGAGCCGUGCCAGAGCCCCGGCCGCGGACACACCUGGCCCGUGGUGCAGCAGCACACGGCCCUGAAGACUCUGGGCCUGAUCAUCGGCAUCUUCACCGCCUGCUGGCUUCCGUUCUUCGUGGCCAACGUUGUCAGGGCGAUGGUACCCAGUGUGCCAGGGAAGAACGUCUUCAUGUUGCUCAACUGGCUGGGCUACAUCAACUCCGGCCUAAACCCCGUCAUCUACUGCCACAGCUCGGACUACCGCACUGCCUUCCGGAACAUUCUGCGGCGUGUUCGGCACAAAGGCCUGGCCGUGUGGAAGCAGGCACCGCUCUGGUGCGUUUGCUGGCGCCGGACUGGCCCGCUGGGCCAUGCAGGGUUGGAGGUCGCUGAGCAAGCAUGAAAAACAGUAAAAAGUUUUUAAGUUGCAAAAUUAUAAAUGAAACAAAGCAAAUAAGUGGUCUCAGACCACUCAGGAAAUUAUAAACUCUUUAUUUGAACAAUAACUGUGUAUUUGCAUAUCCAAAGGCGAUACAACACAUAUAACAUUACAAUUUUUCCAAAGUGUGUAGGGAUAUAAUGACAUCUCCCAAAUGUCUUUUGAAAUUUGGCUUGCAAAUAAUGUUUCAUUCAAACACAUCAGGACAAGUAGAAUCUGUCUAUACAACUGGAGCUAUGUGUGAGCGACCACGAAAAAAAUGAAGUGUGACAGAGUUUACCACGAGUCUACGUCAUCCUUCAAGAAAAUAAAUAGACCUGCCAUGCACUGAUAAACAGCCCUAAUGUGUAUAUGUUUAAUAUUUAAAGUACAUGUGUUGAAUGUUUAAUGUGUCUAUGUUUCAUGUGUGUAUAUAUAUGUGCACACGCACACACACACACACACACUUUUCAGGACAUGUGGUCAUUUUCAGAGACAGUAGUUUCAUGCGAAGUUUCUCUUUCUUUAGCGUCAGGGCUGUUCUCUUUUUGGUGACCAACUGUUUGACUAAUGCUUCAGAUGACAUUAAAUAAGUCUCAUA